GAGCAAGGUGGGCGGUGACUAGAAGCUCUUCUGUUUAUUGGGCUGUUGAGCGGGGGCCGACCGACGACUGGGAGUUUGUUUUCUGUGCUUGUGCGUUUUCUAUUCGGCUUCCUUCCCGUUAGCGGGGCCACAAGGGUUGCUAGGCAACAGGUCCUGGGUGACUUGGCCUUAGGGUUCUGCCCGGCUUGGGGCUGAUGAAAGGAGCCGUCCGCGCCCGGGCUCUUCCGAGAAGGGGUUGCCGACAGUCACAAAGUGGAAGGGAGGGAGGCGGCGUGGACGAGUAAGGAGUGACAGGAUUCACAUUUGGGUUGUCUCAGGAUGAGCUUCCUGCUGCCCAAGCUGACUAGCAAAAAGGAAGUAGACCAGGCGAUCAAAAGUACUGCCGAGAAGGUGUUGGUUCUCAGGUUUGGAAGAGAUGAAGAUCCUGUCUGUCUGCAGCUAGAUGAUAUUCUUUCUAAGACCUCUUCUGACUUAAGUAAAAUGGCUGCUAUAUACCUGGUAGAUGUAGACCAAACUCCAGUUUAUACACAGUAUUUUGACAUCAGUUAUAUUCCGUCUACUGUCUUUUUCUUCAAUGGGCAGCAUAUGAAAGUGGAUUAUGGGGGACACUUUCCAGAUGGGGUUUUCAGCACUCAGGAAACCUCUUCGUGGCCGGCAGGAAUGCAAGAAGUGCAGUGUUCAUCCAUCUCCUCUCCUGAAGCCCUGCCCUUUGGAGCCUCGUCCUUGUAUUGCUGCCAAGGGAGAGCCAUAAUGCAAGCUAUUCCUAGUGGAAAAGUUGAGAAGGAAGAACAGCUUGUUCCAGACCAGUGAAAUUGAAAUUCCCAUGUGGAACAACAUAAGAGGAAAGAGGCCCUCCCUGACAAAGUUGGACAGCCCUCUCUCAUGGCAAUUUGGCAAUAACUAUCAACAUGUUCAGUGUGUAUAACCUUUGCCCAAGCAAUACCACUUCUGGGAAUCUACAGAAAUUCUACCAGAAGACCACAAAGAUACAUAAGCCCUGAGCACUGAAGCACUGUCUGAUGUGAAACCUGAAAAUAUCCUUUGUGUUUACCCAUAAGCAAACAUUGAUGCGUUUAUGCUGUGAACAGGGCUGUUAGAGCAAGGCCGAUCUGAGGGAUGAAUAUUGAAGUAUAUCAUUAUGAUGACACGUGAGAAGAGUAAGUCACAGAAUAGGAUUAGCUUACUGCUUAUAUUUAACUGAUAUGAAAUUGCCAAGCAAAGACAAUUAUGCACUCCACAGAAAACACACGAGUAAUGUAAAUAACAUUUGGAAUUCUGCACACCCUUCUACCAUCCUCAGUCCCAAAGGGAGACGCAGGCAUCAUCAAUCUCCCGGGUCUCCCAGCACUGAGAGCUGCUCUGGGGUCUGAGUGUGGCUUCCAGCAUUAAGAAAAAUAGGUAUCCUUGAGCUGGGUGCAGUGGCUCAUGCCUGUAAUCCCAGCUCUUUGGGAGGCCAAGGCGAGCAGAUCGCCUGAGGUCAGAGUUUGAGACCAGCCUGGCCAACAUGGUGAAACCCCGACUCUACUAAAAAAUACAAAAAUUAGCUAGGUGUGGUAGCAGGCACCUGUAAUCCCAGCUACUUGAGAGGCUGAGGCAGGAGAAUUGCUUGAACCCGGGAGACAGACGUUGCAGUGAGCCAAGUUUGUGCCAUUGCACUCCAGCCUGGGCGACAGAGCAAGACUCUCAAAAAAAAAGAAAACAAAAGAAAAAAAAAAAAAGGUAUCCUUGCACCACAUGGCACCUGAAUGCAAAACAGCUCCUUACCCCAGUGCUCAAGCAGCCUCUUCCAGCUGUGCUGAGGCAGAAUGUCAGUCUCUGAAGCUGGGCGCGGUGGCUCACACCUGUAAUCCCAGCACUUUGGGAGGCCGAGGCAGGUGGAACAAGGGGUCAGGAGUUCGAGACCAGCCUGGCCAAUAUGGUGAAACCCCAUCUCUACUAAAAAUACAAAAAUUAGCAGGGCGUGGUGGCACAUGCCUGUAGUCCCAGCUACUCUGGAGGCUGAGGCAGAAGAAUCCCUCGAACCCGGAAGCGGAGUUGGCAGUGAGCUGAGAUCAUACCCCUGCACUCCAGCCUGGGUGACAGAGCGAGACUCCGUCUCAAAAAAAGAAAAAAAGUCAGUCUCCCAUGGAGAACCUUCCAAGGGCCGACUCUUCCCCCUUCUCCUCCACUCCUUCCCUUCCCUUUCCUGAAUCGUUCAGUCCUAAAGCUAUUAGGUGGGACAGAGCAAGGUAGAUGCCUGUAACGUGGGGAAGGGAGGGCAGGUGACUCACAGAGAGCAUCCAAGCCCAGAGAGAACGAGGAGGGUGUCCAGAGUGUGUGCGCUGGCACCUGACGUGGCGUGUCGGAGCCCAGGCUGAUGAGGAAAGUGACCCCGCGGUGGACUGGCCAGCAUGUGGCUCCUUUUGCCCAUUCCCGUUUCUCCUUCAGUGCACUGCUGUUCCUGGAGUAAGGAACGAAUAUGGAGAAGCAUGAGGCAAUGAGCCAACUUUUAGAACAGCCAAGGCUUGGUCCAUGGCAAAGCCAUUCAGCACAACAUGCUCUGUGAAAACACCGCCAGGCUUGAGCCCAGCCGAGCAGCCUCCACGCAGGAGACUGGACAAUCAGCUGCCUCUCUGCCCGUUUCCUCAUCUGUAAAGAGGAAACGUCAAGCCCUUGGCACAGCGUGCGGCCCACAGUCAGUGUUUGGUGGACAUGAGCUGCCUUCAUGGCAGCUGUCUUCAGGCCUCACAGGGUAGCUUUGAACAGGCAAAGCCAGAGGAGCUGGGGCUGUCUCCUCUGUUGCUGUCUCCUCUGUUGCUGUCUCCACGGUGGGAAAUGGGCAGCUUGAAAACCUGAUAGGAGCAACUUGGCUCUAUCUAUCAGAAUGUGAAACAUGCCAGCCCCUCAGCCCAGCUGUCACACUCCUUGGACCCUGCUCUGCACUGAUGCCGGAACAAAGGCACAAGCACUUUCACAAGAUGUUCACCGAGGCACCGACGGUGAUAGGAAAAUGCCGGAAGUUAGUGAUGUGAUCACCAACAGGGGACUGGCUAAAUAGACCCCACUCAAAAGACCGAGGCCCAGCAUGAACCAUGCCCACAUGAGAAUAGUGAAGAAAGUCAACGGCAGAAUCGUAUUUGUAGGAUGAUGUCAUUUGUAUGAAAAUGUAAAGUAACUAUACAGAAAACAGUGUGCAUUCCAUCCAUAUAUAGGUAUAAAAAAAAAUACAGCCACAUAUAUGUCUGAGUGUAUGUACAAAAUGAGCAUCUUCAUGCAGGGGGAAAAGUCCAGGAGGAUAGACAGAAAGGCAUGUCUGCAGAGUGGGGUGAGGAGGAACAGGAAUGUUUACACUUCAAGAGUGCUGUACCGUUUGGAUUGCUAGUAAAGAAUGCAGGUCAAUUUUAUAAUCAAAAAACUAGUAUCAGGAUGCUUAGGAGAUGCAGACUGAAACACUUAAGAGUAAGGCACCAAUGACUCAACAACAAUAAAUACGUAAUACAUGUGAA